AUGUUAGAUAAAAUUAAACCACCGUUAUAUAAAGAUCUUUUUGAAAAUAAUGUUCAUCCAGAUACAAGAAAGCCGCUUCUGCCAGAAUUUGAAGGAGAAGUGAAUCCAAAUACAGGUGAAGUAGGAGAAACAGGACCUAAAACAGAUCCACUUAAAUAUGGAGAUUACUCAUUUGGAGGAAGAACGACAGACUUUUGA